AUGGCUAUCACUACUUGUGGAGGAGGAUGCUAUCAUUUCGUAGGACGUGUAUUGGAAGAGGUCAGGCAUCCCAGGCGGCCGGUCUUCUCCCCUACUUUGGCACUCACCAAUGUAGUUCCUGUAGGGCCCUGGUCCCAACGUAUUGCCAACCACGACACUCGUAUGAUAUCUCCUAAUAUCGAUAUCGAUCAUGCUAGCUAUUGUGGUUAUUUGUAUAAGCAAUCUAAGCACUUGAAGAGGUUUCGACGACGUUACUGUGUUCUCAUAAUAGAUAAGCUAUAUACCUUCAAACAGCCAGAGGAUGUCCCUCGAGGGCUCGUCACCGAGAUAUUGGACCUGGCUCUAGCAGAUUAUCUAGUGGAAUGGGAGAUAUCUCCACGAGUACCCAAUUAUAAUAUGAUAGCAGGAAAGUUCUCCUUUGAAAUCGGUACUGAGGCUGAGACCCCAUCUCGGAGGGAAUGGAUGUUUGCAGCAGAAUCCGAACACGACAGGCGUGAAUGGAUUCAUAAGCUUGGUAGCUACUGCAGGACCGAACAAAGGUCAUAUUCUCUAUGUCGGCUCCCACAGAGUUACCGUUAUCAGAUCAUCAAUCAUCACAAGAAGAGGAGAAAGGAGGUAUGGCAACUAUGCUGUGGUCAUUACUUCUGUGUACGGUGUAUACAGAAUUGGUCCAAGUAUAAGAGGACAUGCCCUGUUUGUAGAGAUGUCUUCUAG